CCCCGCGCCGUGGCGGAUUGAUCGCGGCUUGAAGUGGGGUGGCCGGCAGGUACGGCGGACCGGCGCCCCGCGAGCCGGCCAGUGACGCCGCGGGCGGUCAGGGCGUGGCAGCCGGGUCCGUGACGAGCGCCGUCCGACAGCGCCCGGGUCGCGCCCCUGUCGAGCGCGUCUGUCGGUGCCGCCGGGCUGCGGUUCCCCGCCGGUCGGUGGCUGUCCGGGCUGGUCUGAGUGGCGGCGACCACUCCUCCGCAGCCAUGGCUCCGCGCUUCACCCUGCUGCUGCUGCUGCUGAGCGUGUGCCGGCCGGCGGUGGGUCUGCUCUACCCGCGCGCCUCCGAGUCUCGUGACCUGGUCUCGCUGGACGGCAUGUGGAAGUUCCGCGUCUCGCCGCCAAGCGACCCAGAUGUCGGCUUUCGCGACCGCUGGUACAGCCGUCGCCUGGAGGCGUCCGGCGACGUCAUCGACAUGCCGGUGCCCUGCAGCUUCAACGACAUCACCACGGAGCGCGCGGUGCGUGACUACGUGGGCUGGGCGUGGUACGACCGCGGCUUGUACGUGCCCAGCGCCUGGAAGGACCGCCGCGUGGUGCUCCGCUUCGGCAGCGUUAAUUACAUCGCCGUAGUCUGGGUGAACGGGGAGGUGGCCGGCUCGCACGAGGGCGGACACCUGCCGUUCGAGCUCGAGGUGGGCACGCUGCUCGACCUGUCCGGCGGCUUCAACUGGGUCACCGUCGCGGUGAACAACACGCUGGACCUGGAGACCAUACCGCAAGGCCAUAUCACGUUCAAGACGGACGAGGAGCGCUACCCACCCGGCUACUUCGAGCAGACGUACAACUUCGAGUACUUCCACUACGCCGGCAUCCACCGCUCGGUGCAGCUGUACACGACGCCGCGCACCGUGUUCAUCAACGACAUCUUCAUCACGACUAACUUUAGCGCCGGUACUGGGCCUCAGCCGACCGCCUUCGUCAGCUACGAGGUGGACGUGGUGCGCACCGACGACAAGCUGUACGAGCCGGGCCUGGUCCGCGUGCUGGACGGACUCGGCGGCGUGGUCGCCACGACCGUGCUCGUGCUGUUGCCGGAGCACGGGCGCGUGCGCGGCAUGGUGACGAUCCCGAACGCCACGCUCUGGUGGCCGGUGGGCAUGGGGGAGCCGGCCGGCCACCUCUACUCGCUGGAGGUGGUACAGAUGACGCGCCAGCGCGGCAUCCGCGGCGCCGACGAGCUCGAUGUAUACAGGGAGCCGUUCGGCGUGCGCACCGUCGCCUGGGAUGCCGACCGGCUCUACGUCAACGAGCAGCCCUUCUAUUUCCGCGGCUUCGGCAAGCACGAGGACGCAAACAUCGUGGGCCGCGGCCUGAGCCUGCCGCUGAUCGCGCGCGACAUCAACCUACUCCUCUGGAGCGGCGCCAACUCGUUCCGCACCUCGCACUACCCGUACGCCGAGGAGCUGCUCGACCGCACCGACGCCGCCGGCAUCGUCGUCAUCGACGAGAGCCCGGCCAUCGGCCUGGAGGGCUUCGGCCCGAAGCUGCUGGCCAAACACCAGCGCGUGAUGACCGAGCUGGUGGGCCGCGACAAGAACCGGCCGUCCGUGGUCGUCUGGUCGCUUGGCAACGAGCCCCAGUCGGACCAGAAAGCGGCCGGCCCGUACUUCCAGACGGUGUACAACCACACGCGCGCCCUGGACCCGACACGCGCCAUCACCACCGUGGUGUCUGUGGCUCACGACGCCGACCUCGCCUCGGCCUCCAUGGACGUGAUAUGCAUCAACCGCUACUUCGCCUGGUACCAGGACAGCGGCCGCACCGAGCUGAUCGAGCGGCAGAUCGUGGCCGAGGCGCUCGCGUGGCGGCGCACCUUCGGCAAGCCGCUCAUCGUCAGCGAGUACGGCGCCGGCAGCGUCGCCGGCCUGCGCGACCUGCCGGCCUUCAUCUGGACCGAGGACUACCAGGCCGAGUUCCUGCGCCAGUACUUCCGCGGCUUCGACCGGUUGCGUGCCUCGCCUUGGUUCGCCGGCGAGAUGGUCUGGAACUUCGCCGACUUCGCCGUGCCACAGGAGUACAUCAGGCCGCAGUUCUGCAGCAAGGGCGUGUUCACGCGCGACCGAAAGCCCAAGCUGGCCGCCUACGUGCUGCGCGAGCGGUACAUGGCCAUGGUGCCCUGAUCGCCAAAGGGAGCUGUCAAUAAUGCCCUGGUCGUCAUAGGCAACUACCGAUGGUGCCCUAAGUGCCAUAGGGAACUGUUGGUGGUACCCUGAUCACCAGAGGCAAUUGUCGAUGGUACCCUGAUCACCAGAGACAACUGUCGAUGGUGCCGUGAUCACCAGAGGCAACUGUCGAUGGUGCCGUGAUCGCGAGUCUUCAUACCGGGUUUGUUCGCACGGAACCGAAGGGCAUCUGUUGCCAUGCCAGGGUCAUUGUAAUCUGUGUUAUGGGUGCUGGAGUGUCUUGUGACGCUCGUGUGUCUUUUGGGAUGUGUGCGCCUUGAAUAAAACAGAGGGGGGAUGAAAAACGCCAACUCCGUCUCGUAAAAUC